AUGCAAUAUGAAAGCGAAAGACUGCAUAAAGAUUCCUGCGAUUUCACUGUAAACAUAGAAAACUGCUGGCUUAUCUUUCCAUUUGUCACUUUUCUUUGUAGGCGUUUUGCUCUUGAUGUUUCCUCAUUUCCUUUUUCUGUGGAAGAUGCCAAACUACACUCUCUUCAGCUGCUUCCAAUACAUGAAUCAGGGACUUAUGUCACGGCUAAGGAAGGAGAUACAACUAAACAAGAAUUCCUGAGUUUGUUUUGCUUUUUCUCUCUACCACAUGUGGCAUACCUAUACACAAUCAAUAAUUUAGUGGAACUUAUUUCUACCUACCAGUAUUCAGAAAGAUCCCAGCAAGCAGUUCUUACACCCCAGUUCCUGCAUGUGAUUACAAGCAACAACCUGCAGUGCUUUACAGUGAGAUGCAGUGCAGCAGCAGCUCGGAACCAAGACCCCUACACUGAUACAACAUUAAAGGCUUGUCCCCCUGUGUCUCUUGAUGUUUGUACCUUGAGGAUGCAGCUUUUUAUAGGACUGAAAGCCAUCUCUCACUUCAAACACCAUAUAAUCAUUUUGACAAAAGCAGAUUCUGAGGAUAUUCUAGAGAAAAAAACACUUAAACAAAGAUUCCUUUACCGAAAGGCUGAUAACAUCAAACCCAAGGUUCCCCCAGAAUCUGAAUCCGGAUGGAAUUUGUAUAUUGUGAACACAACUUCAACUCUCCAACUAUACAAAGAAAUGGUAGAAUACAGCAAGACCUAUGAAAAUGUAAGAACAGAGAGUUGUAUUCAUCUCUUAAGUGAGGCUCACUUGCUAGUCAGAGCAGCUUUAAUGGAUCCUGCUGUGAAAGAAUUGGAGGAGAAGGAAGCUCUACUAGCAGCAUUUCGUGAGAGUUGUGCUCUUCUUGGAGACUGUUACAGCAGGUUUGACACUAAAGACUUCCAUCUUACUCUCCCUUACUAUAAAAUGUCCAGCCUUUCUAUAUCUGACAUUCUGAAGCGAGUAACAUUUGAAGAUAAAACACAGAAGUAUGAAAAAGGUUUUAUAUUCUACUUAAAGCAUUCCUUGUAUGAAGACAUAGAUGAAAAGCUAAAUGAAGAUUUGGCUGCAAAAGUACUUCAGAUAUUCCACCGUGCUGAGCCAAACCAGAUACCUCACAUCCUCUGCAGUCUUUGCAUGAAAAAUGUGUGCCCUGAAAUGGCAAAGGAGUAUCUGGAAUUGAUAGAAAACAUGGCACCAUCUGUUCUGGUGACAUUGGCCAAGGCUUCAGUGGCUCUGAAAAAGGGGGAUUGGGAUAGAUGUAAAAAGGAGCUGGACAGCCAAGCAGAGAUGAAAUUGGUAUGUGGUUUUAUUCAGGAGCCAAGACUUUUAAAACAGCACAAUAAAGGACAAAUGUUCCCAACUGAACUUGCUUUGUACCUCAAAGAGACCAGACCUGGAUUUCUCCUAGCUUCAUUAUUGGCUUUACAUGAAAAUAAUAAAAUGGAACUGGAAGAAGCAAACUCUUAUAUCAAGAUGCUGAGUGGUAAAAAUGAAGACGCUGUUCCCCAACUCUUGGUAGACUUCUGGGAAGCUUUGCUUGUAGCACGUACUCAGGAAGAGGUUGCACAGAAGUUGCAUUUUAAACUUGCUACACAGUAUAUUUGGAGACUGUCCAGGAAAGAGCUUCCUGACACUGAGCCUCUAAAAACCACUGAAGAUUUGAUAAAUUCCUGCAGUGAUUAUGGACUUAUAUUUUCUUGGAUUAUAUUCAUGAUGUCAUUAGUACCUCUUCCUGAUUGGAAUUCAUGUGAUGACCUUUCAAAAUUACAAUCUCUCUUAUGCAGUCCAUCCUUCAGAAUAUCCUCCAUUCUCCCAUUUGUGAAGAAUAUUCCAGAAGAUUCUAUUUCUGGUCUGAGCAUACACGUUCUUUGUGAUACAUGUUUAGGACAGCAUGAAGCAGGUAUUGACAAACUUCUGGAUAGGUGCCCUGAAGCUGUCAUACCUUAUGCCCAGCAUGAGCUGAGGGAUGAACAUCAGGCUUUAUGGUGGAACAAACUUCUUCCUGAACUCUGUAAACGAACUAGGCAUGUUGGUGAAAACUACCCUGUAUUUCUGUCAUCCCUACAAGAAACUUUAUCGGUCAUUGCCACAGCACUGGAAUUGAGAGACUUCCUUAAUGUUUUACCUGAAGAUGGGAAUGCAGCAUUCUUCUUGCCCCACUUGCUUCAGUGCAGCAGAAGAUUGGUGACUUAAACAUAAGGAGAAGUAUCUGCUAUCUUGGAUUGGUCUUGUGGGGUGCAAAGUUACGCAAAUGAACAAAACUUCAUGAUGCAACUAUUAACACUUUGAAUGCUGGAUACUCUAAGCAUAUCCCCAUGUACAUGGGAAGAGUAAGGUUUGAUGGAUCUCUACAGAUUGUCAAGUGAUCUGUGGUAACAGUACAGUACAGGUAAACUGGUGAUUCUCAGCUUUGGCAGCAUGAAGAUGUCUGGACUUUAACUGCCAGAGCUCAGAAACACCGAGCUAAUUAGAAAUAGAAAAUUAGAAAUAGAAAAUAACAAUCUAUCAAUCAUAACUAAGCUUCCAUACAAAAACAUCCACUCUAAAUUUAUUUUAAUUAUCAGUAGGGAUUG